UUUAAUUACUCUAGACUUUAUGUGUUGUGUUGUUAAUGUGGCUUUGACCUCUGACCCCUCCGUCUUUGGCAGGUACUCCACUGCGCCCCCAUGUGGCCGCACUUAGAGGAACUUUAUCUCUCUGACAAUGACAUCACAGAAUUACUCAGACCAGAACAUGUGCUGCAGACGUUAAAGGUUCUGGAUUUAUCCAAUAACCAUAUAGUCCAGGAGACAGUGCUGGAAAUCUCACACUUACCCUGUCUGGAGAAGCUGAAUCUGUCCAGCAGCGGUUUAUCUGUCAUUCAGUUCAGAGAUGCUUCAGCAGGGAACAAGACAGCUUCGUUUCCUGCUCUGAAGACACUUUUACUAGACGACAACAACAUUUCAGAGUGGUGUGUGGUGAACGAGCUGGAGAAGCUGCCGUCUCUGCUUCAUCUGUCCUGCCGGAGGAAUCCUCUGCUGCAGAGAGAGAAGAACCCGGAGACCGUGAGACAGAUCAUCAUCGCACGACUGAGCGGCCUGGAGCAGCUCGACAUGAGACAGGUGCUGUCGGAUGAGAGGAGGGGUGCGGAGCUGGAUUACUGUAAGAUGUUUGGAUUGGCUUGGCUGAAGGCCGGAGGUCACAGGGACCCGGAGAAGAAUCACCCAAACACAGAGUUCAUGAGCGAACACCCACGAUUCCUCGCGCUCCUCCAGAAGUACGGCGCUCCAGAGGAGGGCGAGCUGAAAGAACAGAAACCCUUUGCGCUAAAAAAUCAACUAUUAACUAUAACAUUCGUUUGUCCGGAGGAUUCGGAGAGGAAGCCCAUUGAGAAGAAGCUGCCAGGCUCGAUGAUCGUUCAGAAGGUGAAGGGUCUUCUACAUCGACUGCUUAAAUUACCAGGAAUGGAGUUAAAGCUCAGCUACACAUGCUCCAAGAUGUCCGGCAGAGAGAUCGAGAUUGAUAACGAUCUGAAGCCGCUGGAGUUUUACUCGGUGGAGGACGGCGACAGAAUUCUGGUGCGCUGGUCCUGAUGAAACCGCCGGGAAUUGUGGGACAUUUGAGCCUUGCAAACUGACCAUCACUUCAGGAUCAGAAAUCGUCUUACAUUUGUAUUUACGAUUAUCACGCAACGUAAUUCCUCCAGAAAACAAAGCAUUUCCAAACUCGUAUUGUAAAUCAUAAUCUAUUUAUUUACUAGUUCAUUUGGAUCCUUUGUCUGUGGGAAUAAUUCUGGAUGCUUUAAUGCCUGUGCGAAAAAUUACAGUAUCUCACCAGUAGAUGGCACUAAACGUCGUGUCUUGAGCAAAUAUUCCAGAAA